AUGAGCAUUACCGAAUCCUCAUCGCGCAACCAGUCUCGGCUCUUGUUUGUAAAGAACGUCUCCUAUCAAACGACGGGCGAGGACCUCUAUGAGCUCUUUGGCAAGUACGGCGCCAUCCGCCAGAUCCGACUGGGGGAUGAUCAGGCAAAGAAGACCAAAGGAACCGCCUUUGUCGUCUACGAAGAAUUCGUAGACGCCAAAAAUGCGCUCGACCACCUGAAUGGAUAUCACCUUCACGACCGCUAUUUGGUCGUGCUGUACCAUAUUCCCGCGAGGCAGGCUGCUAGGGACUUGGCUAGGAGAGAGGCAGACCUUCAGGCGCUCAAGGAGAGGCACAACAUCCAGGAUGACGACUAG